AUGCUGGCCGUUGACGACAAGAGCCUCCCCGAAGUCCUCAAGGCGAUGCCACACUCGGGCCUGCUGGUGACACCCCACGUCCACCACGACACCUAUGACGCCAUCAGCCCCAAGAACAUCGACCUCGCCGGUAAGGCUGUGCUGAUCACGGGCGCCUCGCGCGGCAUUGGCCGUCACAUUGCCAUUUCUUACGCACAGGCCGGCGCCUCGCAGAUUGCCAUUGCCGCCCGCGGCGAUACGAAGGAGACGGAGGCGGCUGUCCUCGCUGCGGCCGCGGCCGCCGGCAGACCAGCCCCUACGCUCCUGGCCAUCUCCCUCGACACCACCGACGCAGCCUCGGUCGACGCCGCCGUCGCCACACUCACCAAAGCCUUUGGCCGUCUCGACAUCCUCGUCAACAACGCCGGCGUCCUCGAGCCCGUCAACCUGCUCGGCGACAGCGACCCACUCGCCUGGUGGCGCACCUUUGAGGUCAACAUCAAGGGCGUGUACCUGGUCAGCCGCGCCGUGCUGCCCCUGUUGUUUUCGUCGCCCAACGGCGGCCGCACCAUUGUCAACCUGACCAGCAUCGGCGGCCUUCUGGUCAUGCCCACCAUGAGCGGCUACAACACGUCCAAGCUCGCCGUCUGCCGCCUCACCGAGUACCUGGCCGCCGAGUACGCCGACAAGCAGCUCGUCGCCAUGGCCGUGCACCCUGGCGGCGUCGCCUCCGACAUGAGCCUGAGCCUGCCCAAGGUGUACCACGCCAACAUCACCGAGACGCCCGCGCUUGUCAGCGACUCGAUUGUGUACCUGACGCGCAGCCCACAGCUGUGGCUGGCCGGGCGGUAUGUCAGCGUGCAAUGGGACCUCACGGAGCUGGAGGCCCAAAAGGAUGAAAUUGUGCAGAAGGAUCUGUUGAAGAACAAGCUGGCAGUGUAG